AUGACUCCAGUGGCAUUAUUAGACUUUAAUUUUUUAAUAACAGGACGACACUCCAAGCCUUUCAGGUAUCAUACAACUAUCAUUGCAAGCCUUUACUUCCAAAUGCUAUCUUUAUUUUCUCUGCAUUACACACAAGCUUUCUGCACGUGGUUGCCUUGGUCAUCUUUCUACAAUAGCAUCUGGACAUCAGAAGUCCUGUUAAAUAUUGUUGGUACAGAAAAUUUGAAGAGAUGGCAGUGCCUAAAACUACAGUUUAUGUCCUUUUGGAAAGUAUGUAUUAAGUGCAUGUUUUUUGUGCACCGUCGUCUUUAG